GUUGCUUCAUGCAGUCCGUGGCUUUCACUCGGCUCACAAUGUCGGGAGUUUACAGAGCUGCAGUCUUUGUUUUUGUCUUGAUUUUCUGCAGCGUUAUCAUAACCUCAGAGGCGCAGAUUGCGACUCCUGCUCCUGCUCCGGCCCCUUGUGCUUUGAGAUCAAACACCAGUUGUGCUGAAUGUCUGCAGAAUGUGACAUGUUUGUGGUGUGCACCAACCAAACAAUGUGUGGACUACCCACUGAGGAACAUCCUGCCCCCCAGCAGUGUGUGUCCACUGAAUGAUGCACGAUGGGGGGUGUGUUGGGUGAACUUCCAGAUUUUGAUCAUCACUAUGUCAGUGCUGGGCGGCAUCAUCGUCAUCGCCAUUCUUGUUUGCUGCCUCUGUUGCUGCUGCAAGUGUGAAAGAACGGGAAACAAGAGAGAAGACGAAAAGGUGGAGCGACAAAACCGUGCAAGGAAGUCCCGGCAGAAAGCAAGGAGAAAUGAAAUGCAGAUGAGACAUGAUGAAAUCAGAAAGAAAUAUGGUAUAGCAAAGGAUAAUCCAUAUGCCCGUAUGGACGACCAUUGAGAAGAAAGUCUAUGAUGAUUCCUUAAAAAAAAAACCCGAAACUUACGAUGAUUUUAUUGAUGCCAGUAACAUUGAAAUACAUAUGUAGCACAUGAGAAACUGUGAUUAUCUGAUUUCGGUGUUUGCCCAAAAUGAUGUUAUGAUGUUAUUUUGACUGAGUGUGCGCUACAUUUCAAAUCAUGGUCUCUUCACCUAAUAUUUCAUUUUUUUUAUAUACAUCUUGCUCUCUGCUAUUAUGCCAGAUUAAUAUUUCUUAUGCUUUCAUUUUGAUAUAAAUGAUUCCUGGAGAAUCUGCUCAGUUCAUGUGUUUUCUGUCCUCACAGGAAACUAGAUGCAAUGGUGACUGUCAAAACAUAGUGACCAUUAUAACAUGCAAACAUUAAUGUGAUUUUGCAUAAAAUGCAUUAUUGUAAAAUUUCUGCAACUCCAGAGCAGAUUGUAGCUUGUGGUGCUUGUUUUAUAACUAGAAGUUUCAUUUUUAUACAAUAUUUGCAAUACACACAUUACUGAUUGUCAUUCGUGUCUAAAGUACAGCAUUUAUUUUUAUAUAAAAAGUUCAUUUAUAACAUGUAACUAAUUUGACACAGAUUUUGCUAUUUUAUCUGUGGAUAAACAUCAGAAUCAGAAUUUGUUUCAAAACUUUCCUGGAUAAAAUAAAUGUGUGUUUCUGAACUCAAUGUGAGGGAUUUGAUGAUUGUGCAGCUGUUGUUAAGACCAAUUUGUGACUAUUUAAAAAUAAAAAAAAAUGGUUUUUGUGA